GAGCGAGCCUCCAUGCUGGUGAUCCUGUUGAACUGCGUCACUCUGGGGAUGUUCCAACCCUGUGAGGACCACGACUGUGAGUCAGAACGAUGCAAGAUCCUGGAGGAUUUUGAUGACUUCAUCUUUGCGUUCUUUGCGGUGGAGAUGGUCAUCAAGAUGGUGGCGCUGGGCAUCUUCGGCAAGAAGUGUUAUCUAGGAGACACCUGGAACAGACUCGACUUCUUCAUCGUGCUGGCCGGGAUGCUGGAGUACUCUCUGAACCUGGAGAACGUCAGCUUCUCGGCAGUGAGAACAGUUCGAGUUCUGAGACCCCUCCGAGCCAUCAACAGAGUGCCUAGUAUGCGUAUCCUGGUGACCCUGCUCUUGGACACCCUGCCCAUGCUGGGGAACGUCCUGCUGCUAUGUUUCUUCGUCUUCUUCAUCUUCGGCAUCGUGGGUGUUCAGCUGUGGGCGGGGCUACUGAGGAACCGCUGCUUCCUGCCCGAGAACUUCUCACUUCCUCUGUCCAUUGAACUAGAGACCUACUACCACACAGAGAAGGAUGACGAGAGUCCCUUCAUCUGCUCCAUGCCCAGGGAGAACGGCAUGCGUCUGUGUUCCUCUGUGCCCACCCUGUAUGAGGAGGGAGGUCUCCAGUGCCAGGUGAACAUGAAGUCCUACAACAGCACAGACAACACCACCUGUAUCAACUGGUACCAGUACUAUAGUAACUGCUCCGCGGGACACGUCAACCCCUUCAAAGGAGCCAUCAACUUUGAUAACAUCUGCUACGCCUGGAUCGCCAUCUUUCAGGUGAUCACUCUGGAGGGCUGGGUGGACAUCAUGUACUUUGUGAUGGAUUCUCACUCCUUCUACAACUUCAUCUACUUCAUCCUCCUCAUCAUCAUUGGCUCGUUCUUCAUGAUCAACCUGUGUCUGGUCGUCAUCGCCACCCAGUUCAGUGAGACCAAGCAGAGGGAGAGCCAGCUGAUGAGGGAACAGCGCGUCCGUUUCCUGUCCAACGCUAGUACCCUGGCCUCCUUCUCCGAGCCGGGCUCCUGCUACGACGAGCUGCUCAAACUCCUGGUCCACGUCAUCCGCAAUGGGUUCAGGCAGGUGGCCCAUGUCUGCCGGGCCGUGAUGCGCCGUGCUGGGAUGAACAUCGCAGCCUCUCCUCCUGCCCUGGAGAGAGAGAGGGAACGGGAACGGGGGAGCCAGAGAAAGAGGAGGAAGACUUCGAGACAGGGUUCUGUGGUCUCCACAAAAGGGUCUAUGUCCGUUCAUUACUUGGUUCACCAACAUCACCAUCAUCAUUAUCACUAUCACUUAGUGAACGGGAGUGUGCGAGGGAGACUAGGGGGGAGAGGGGUGGCGGGGGUCGGGGGAGGAGGGGGGGAAGUGGAGAUGGGUUCCCAUAGCAACAACGGGGGCACUGGACGUCUCAUGCUGGGUCCUCUUCCGUUGCCGACCUCUGACCUGAACUUGGCAAACCCGGUGUCACCGGCCAAUCCCGCUCUGGGAACCGGCAAAGGCAACUCGUCAUCAGUGCGGAGUACAUUACACACAGACUGCCACCUGGAGCCCAGCACCCCCACACUCCUCGCCCCUACCACUAGCCCCUUCUCCCUGGCCCCUACGCCCAUGUCCAGGCCUAUGAAGAGGAACUCAGUACCGUUCGCUGGUCCCAGACCUAAAAACUACCCCACCCUACAGCCCAGCACACUAAUGGAGUUUAGAAGUGGCAGUGUUACAGCUAGUACCAUUAGUAAUAUAAAUCUCAAUAUACCCUCUCUACCCCUGGUGAGAGGACCACCGAGUGUGUUAGACACACACACACCCACAGCCCAGCUCUCACGACAUGACCUGAGUGCCAUCGGAACCCUGGACCCCUCGUUCACCUUUGACCCUGAGUCGUGCCCCUACUGUGUCAAGGCUCUGUCAGGGGAGUCAGAAGGCACAGACGGAAACGAGACCCCCGGGGAAUCCGACAGCGAGGGCGUCUACGAGUUCACCCAGGACCUCCACCACAGGAACCGCAGGGACCGUCGGGACAGCCGUCAGCCCAGGAAGAGGCAGCGAAAGCUGGGUAGCACGGUGGGGAGAGUGGUCCGGGCCUGGAGGCUGGUGUGUGAUACCUUUAGGAAGAUAGUGGACAGCAAGUAUUUUGGAAGAGGAAUCAUGAUCGCCAUUCUGAUUAAUACACUGAGUAUGGGGAUUGAGUUCCACGAACAGCCUGAUGAGCUGACCAAUGCGUUGGAGAUCAGUAACAUAGUGUUCACCAGUCUGUUUGCCUUGGAGAUGUUACUCAAGGUGCUGGUGUAUGGGCCGUUUGGUUACAUCAAAAACCCUUACAACAUCUUCGACGGAGUCAUAGUGGUCAUCAGUGUAUGGGAGAUCGUGGGUCAGCAGGGCGGUGGUCUGUCUGUGUUGCGUACCUUCAGGCUGAUGCGGGUGUUGAAGCUGGUGCGCUUCAUGCCUGCUCUGCAGAGACAGCUGGUGGUUCUGAUGAAGACUAUGGACAACGUGGCCACCUUCUGCAUGCUGCUCAUGCUCUUCAUCUUCAUCUUCAGUAUAUUGGGCAUGCAUCUGUUUGGCUGUAAGUUUGGAUCAGAGAGAGAUGGAGACACUCUACCAGACAGGAAGAACUUUGACACUCUGCUCUGGGCCAUCGUCACCGUGUUUCAGAUCCUAACUCAGGAGGACUGGAACAAGGUUCUCUAUAAUGGUAUGGCCUCCACCACUCCUGUGGCCGCUCUCUACUUCAUCGCCCUCAUGACCUUUGGGAACUACGUCCUCUUCAACCUUCUGGUGGCCAUCUUGGUCGAGGGCUUCCAGACAGAGGGAGAAGACUCCAAGUCAGUGUCGGAGGCUGAUUUAUCAUCGAGGAGUAUGGAGGACGUGAACGGCAGUGGAAAGGAUGGCUCCCCAGUCCCUAUAAACGGUAAUGUUGACCUGAAGACCAGUCUGACCCCUCCUCUGAUCACCCACACUGCUGCCACCCCCAUGCCCGUUCCCAAGCUGCCCGCCGUGGUUGACCCUGCUCUGGGCUUUGAGUCCAGACGCGGCAGCAACAUCUCCAUGGACCUAGCCUGCUACGACAAGUCUCCGACCAGUGCCCGUAGCACCUCCCCUUACGCCCCGUGGAGCUCCGCCUCUGGCUGGACCAGCCGUAGAUCAAGCUGGAACAGUGUAGGCCGUGCCCCUUCGCUCAAACGGACAAAGCGUCAGUCUGGCGAACGGCGGUCGCUCCUCUCCGGAGAGGGUGGGUCCAGUUCGGAGGAUGAUGAGGGUGGAGGAGGGGGGACAUCGGAGGGGGAUGAUGUGUCCUUGUGUCGUACCGACUCCAUGUCCCAGUCCCAACACCGACACAGGAGGAUGGAGUCUGUGGAGACCAGGGGGUCCACAGACCUGGCCCCUGACAUACUGCUACAGGUGCCCUUCCUGUAUCGCUCAGCCAGUAUACACAGCUCCAGACCCCCCUCACUAGGAGGCCUGAGAGCCCCAGAACACAGUGACUGUAACGGGAAAGGCACUCUGGCCCCUGGGGGGGCCCUGGCCCAGACACAGCUCUCCCUCGAGGACAACACAGAGGACGAAGCAGCAGAGGAGGAGGUUGUGGGUCGUUUUGCCAGGCUGUCACGCUGGCUGGAGAGGAAACAGCCAGAGUGGUGUCGACAGAGAGAUACCUGGUCCAUGUACAUAUUACCCCCGGACUCCAGGUGA